AUGUCUACGGAAGAAGCUAUUGCCUUCAAGAAUGAAGGUAACAAAGCUUUUGCUGCCCAUGACUGGCCUACGGCUAUCGAUUUCUACACCAAAGCUAUAAACAUAGACCCCAAGCAACCAACUUAUUUUUCCAACAGAGCACAGGCAUACAUCAGAUCCGAAGCUUAUGGGUAUGCCAUAGCGGAUGCGACCAAAGCCGUUGAAUUAGACCCAAAUUUCGUCAAGGCGUACUAUCGAAGAGGUGUCGCAUACGCUGCAAUUUUAAGACCGAAAGAUGCUCUAAAGGAUCUCCAGAUUGUUGUCAAGAAAGCCCCAGGUGACAAGGAUGCGAAGCUCAAGUUGGUAGAAGCACAAAGAAUUGUGAAGCGAGAUGCCUUCGAGCGAGCGAUUGAGGUUGGGGAAGAGCCAUCUGCUUCAGAAGGUUUAGAUCUCGACUCUAUGGCCGUUGAUGCCGACUAUGAUGGCGUUCGAUUAGAGAAGGAGAUGACACAGGAAUUUAUCACCGAUAUGAUAGAACGAUUUAAGAACGGCAAGAAGAUACCCAAAAAAUACGUUUAUCAGAUUGUCAUAGCUGUCAAAAAUAUCUCCUAUGACGAAGCUACAAUGGUGGAGAUGAAGAUUCCAGAUGAUGCUACUUUGACAGUCUGCGGAGAUACCCACGGUCAAUACUUCGACUUAAUGGAGCUCUUCAGACUGAAUGGUCUUCCCACCGAAAAGCACUAUUACCUAUUCAACGGAGAUUUCGUAGAUCGAGGUUCCUGGUCUUGUGAAAUCGCACUUCUGCUAUACGCAUAUAAAUGGCUACGUCCAAAGUCAUUCUUCCUCAAUAGAGGCAAUCAUGAGACCGAUGAUAUGAACAAGGUCUACGGGUUUGAGGGCGAGUGCAAGGCAAAAUACAACGAAAGGACGUUCAAGCUGUUCUCGGAGAGCUUUUCGGCGUUGCCGCUAGCCACACUUAUUGGCAGCAAGUAUCUAGUCUUACAUGGUGGUCUAUUCUCAGACGACAAGGUUACAUUAGAUGACAUUCGGAAACUAAACCGACACACUCAACGGCAACCGGGUCAAUCAGGCUUGAUGAUGGAGAUGCUAUGGACAGAUCCGCAAACCGAGCCUGGUCGAGGACCAAGUAAGAGAGGGGUUGGAAUGCAAUUCGGCCCUGAUGUUACGAAGCGUUUCUGUGACAACAAUGGCUUGGAUGCCAUUAUUCGAAGUCACGAAGUGAGAAUGGAAGGUUACGAGGAGGAGCAUGGUGGAAAAUGCAUAACAGUCUUCUCUGCACCCAAAUACUGCGACAGCACCGAGAACAAAGGUGCCUACAUCAACAUUGGUCCUAACUACAAGCUCGAUUUCCAUAAGUUCGAUGCGGUCCCUCAUCCCAAUAUCAAGCCCAUGGCAUAUGCACAAAGCAGUCUCAUGUCAAUGACCUAA